AUGUCGACAGAGCUGACAGACCGCCAGAAGAAUGAUCUCCAUCGCGCCAUGCUAGACUACUUACACUCCGCAGGGCUUCACAGGUCAUAUGAGCAGCUCAAAGAAGAAAGCGCACAGCUCGACUAUGAACCAGACCCGAAUAGCAAGACGAAGGACCUCCUCGUGAAGAAGUGGACCAGCGUCAUUCGCUUACAGAAAAAGAUCAUCGAUCUCGAGUCGCGACUUGCCCAGGCGCUACAAGAUAGUGCAGGCGCCGUCGCAAACCCGGCGAGCUUGAACCAGCGCAGCAAUCCGGAUUGGCUCCCUACCGUCACCCCGCCAAAACUGACGCUUACAGGGCAUAGGGCGAACGUCAACGCGGUCACAUUUCACCCGCGCUACUCGGUUCUCGUGUCUGCCAGCGAUGACAGCACUAUGAAGGUGUGGGAUUGGGAAACGGGAGACCUGGAGAGGACUAUCCAAGGGCACACGAGGCGUGUUAGCGACUGUGACUAUGACUCCAAGGGAAAGUAUUUAGUUUCAUGUUCCCAUGACCUAUUCAUCAAGUUGUGGGAUGUUGAAAACGAAUACAAGAACGUUUCCACCUUCCGAGGACAUGAGCACUCCAUUUCAACUGUUCGCUUUCUCCCCGGAGACGAUCGCGUCGUCAGUGCAAGCCGCGAUCACUCAAUCCGUAUCUGGGAGGUGGCUACUACGCAUUGUAUCAAAGUUAUCAAACCUCACGAAGACUGGAUCAGGGCUGCGAUACCGAGUCCAGAUGGUCGCUUCCUAGUGACGAGUUGUAUGGAUCACACGGCACGCGUGAUCGAAAUUGCUACAGGUGCUACGAAAGCCGAGUUCAGAGGGCACAGCAAUGUGGUCGAGAACGCCAUAUUCGUGCCCCGAAAUGUUGUACCCGCGAUUGCAGAGCUAGUCGGCACGAAGGUGCCACCAUCUACACCCGAAGAGCUAUCUGUCGCGUUUGUGGUGACCGCAUGCCGCGACCAGAAGAUUAAGGUUUGGGACGCACGGGCUGGCCAAUGCCUGCAUACGUUGGUCGGGCACGAUGGUUGGGUGCACGGACUUGCAUUCCACCCCAACGGCCGAUACCUGCUAUCCGCCGCGGACGACGGCUCCAUUCGGAUAUGGGACAUCAAGACCGGGCGUUGUAUUCGGAAGAUCGAGACUGGCGAGCGCUUCGUGUCCUGUCUGGCUUGGGGUCGCCAAACCACGGGAGGCAGCGCGCCGGCGGAUGCGGGCGCAAAGAGCGACCAAGGGGAGGCUCCGAGACGCGUCAAUGUGAUCGCUUCUGGAUGCUGGGACUAUAGCGUGAAGAUUUGGAAGCCUUAGGAGCCGGUUGCAUUGCCGGAGGACUUUGUUCUCAUAGUGCUCACGUCGUCGGGCGCCCGAUCGAGUUCGGUACAGCCAC